AUGAAUUUCGCACGUGUUCUGCAGGCGAUUGUAAUUUACGCGAUCGGUGGCUUCUACGCUGUACAGUUUGCGCUGCGCACAGCAUUGGAGUUUCUUUCCGAUCCCAGACCGUCGCACUGGUCUGGGAAAACGCGUCCAUAUCCACCGACCAUACUGAGCGAUUCUAGCUACGGACGUCACCAGUAUACUGAAGUUAAUGGCGUGCGAUUGCAUUAUGUUGAGAACGGUGAUCGUGAGAAACCACUGAUGUUGUUUCUACAUGGAUUUCCGGAAUUUUGGUUCAGCUGGCACCAUCAGCUGAAGGAAUUCGCCAAAGACUACUGGGUAGUGGCACUUGACCUUCGCGGGUUUGGAGAUUCCGAGCAACCGGACGAUCCGGCCGCGUAUCGGAUCGACUUGGUUGUGGAGGAUAUUCGAGGCUUUAUUCAAGCGAGCGGACAUGAAAAAGCCGUUGUGAUAGGGCAUGGUUUGGGUGCUACAAUUGGAUUUCAGUUCGUGUUGAAAAAUAUGCCUUUGGUGGAUCGCUACGUGAUGAUGGGAGGCGCAUCGUUGAAGGUCACUAGAAGUCUACUGUUGACCAGUUGGCAGCAGUUCAAGAUGUCGUGGUAUUCAUUCUUUUAUUUUAUACCAAGUCUAUCAGAGUUUUACCUAUCUUGUAAAGAUUUGCGUUACAUCGAACAAAAUAUGGGCCGUUUUUUGACUGCUGCGGAACUGGAAGCAUACAAGUACACCUUUUCGAGGGGAAAUUCAGUGAAACGAGCUCUGAAUUAUUUCAGAGAGAAUUUUAGUUUCUGGAGAAUUGAAGAACGAUUGCCCAAGAUUGAUAUUUAUUCCCCAGGGUUGUAUCUUGUGGCGGAGAACGAUCAGUUUAUUUCGAUGCACAGUGCCCCGGCUCUAGUGAAAGCUUAUGACUCACUCAAAUUCCGUGUCGUUCCAGGAUGUGGACAUUACAUGCACUUGGAGUCACCAGCAGUGAUCAAUAAGAUGAUUCGAGAUUUUCUUAACUUUUCAUGAGGGUUCAUUUGUUUUACUAAUGGGAACAAUUUAU